AGUGCGUUGCUCCCACGUGCUUUCUACUCAGUGUUGCUCUAUUUUCGUUUCUUUCGUUUCUUUCUCUUCCACGCCUUCUCUCGAAACGCGCAAAAGAUCGAAAUCGAGAUCUUUCCCAACAACUAAGCCAAAAUUCUGCAACAAUGAGCACCAACAUUCUCGUCAGGAUUUAUGGGCCGAAACUCUUGCACGCCGCGAUGACCGAGCAAAAAUCUUGGGUCACUGUCAACAGGUGUCUUAGUAUUACUAUGUCGCGCAGUAUGUUGAAAGAUUCGCCAAAUGCGGCGUUAGACAAAACUCUAUUGCAAAAGUAUCUUGAUCUACCCCAACCGGAAAAUGCGAUCCAGGCAAAAUAUAUCUGGAUCGAUGGUACUGGCGAAGGAUUACGUAGCAAGACCAGGACCCUGAACUUUGUGCCGAAACAUCCAUCCGAAACCAAAGAGUCCCUAGCCAAAAAGGGUGUGCUGGAGUGGCCACGCUUAACUCUUUGCGGCACAACGGGUCUCUUAGAGACCCACAUGUAA